AUGGCCGCCGCUGGCGCAAGGGCUCAGAGGGCCGUCGGCUCGGCCGCAUGGAUCGCCACAGAGAAAGAAAGCAUGGCAGAGCUGAUUGAGCAGGAGUUGGAAGAAGUGGAAUACCCAGUCCGCCAUGAGCUGGACUGGUUGAAUGAACAUAUGGUUGAGAUCUUCUCCAAGGGCCAAACAAACUUUACCGAUGUGUUUAAAACGCCAGGAAAGAUGAGAGGCAAGACUCCGCGAACGGCACGAAAGCGUAAUGUGGAAGAGAGUCGAGUGCCGCUAAGCGAGAUCUUCUCGUCCGCUCAGAAACCUGUAGAGAACAAGGCAGUUCCCAGUCCCAGUCCUUUCAUACAUCGUGUCAUCUCGAAAACAAAUGCGACGGAGAUCGCAUCCGCAACUUCCCCCGCUACCUCUCGGUCCAAACCUGUGCAAAAGGGCUUACAGCCACAAUACCCCGACCUCACUCAGAAUUUGAAUUCCUUCUCACAGUACAACACGGACUCGGGUUAUCAUGGCUUGCAGGACGAUGAUGAGGUGGUUCUGCCGGAUACACAGCCAGCGACCCAGACAUCCACGCAACCCUUCGAGGUCGACGAGCCCGUUAGAUUAAGCUCUCAGGUGGAUGUCUUGAUUGACCAACAACCAACGGAGGACUCUUUUCACUCUGCGCAGGAGAAUGUGCGUAUGCGAGGGGAAACUAUCGAGCCGAUGAACACAGAUCCAACUCCAACGAAUGAACGAACCCUGCCCAAGUCGGAAUCAAUUUCCAAGGCCUUAGAACCGGAGGUAGACUUGACACCCAAACCCCGGACGCAGCCUAAUUCUAAGACUGUCGCGGAUGCUGAGAAGCGGCGCGAGAGCCCACCUGCUCAACAAGUCAAGGAGAGUGCAAACGAUGACCGUCCCUCGUCCAAACCCGGGGUUUCAGAAACCAAGGAGCCAAGGCAUCAAAGCCCAGACGUUGAAAUGGAAGAUGCAGGCAAGGAAGACACAAUUCUCGACGAUAACUUUGAUGACAUCGGGUCUCCAUCGGAUGGUUCCACUCCCGAACGAUUCCCAAUGCGGAAAAGCAGUUUGAACUUUGCUUCUUUGCCAGCACGAGAGCCUCUGAAGGGCUCGCGGCUCUCUUCCCACAUUGAUCUUCCGAAGCUGAGCACUACUGGCCGCCCUAGUCUUCUGGGUAAGCAAUCAGGAGGGCACAGAGUGACCCAAGCAGCAGUGGAGGAUGACGUGGUCGAUGCUGGCACAAUGGAUCUAAAUGACGCGAAGGAAUCGGAAGAAACCAUGGACAUGGAUCAGGUUAGCAAGCUGCACAACAAGAAGUCGACACAAAGCCUUCAUGAGCGGAUUAGCAUGCUCGGAAAGCUUCAGCCGUCUCGUCCCAAGAAGUCAAUUGCGUCGAUGGCCGGCCUAUCUGCUGGUCAGGUUCCCUACCCGGACCUUCCUGCGGCAAAGCCUGAAACAAAGCUAGAACCUCCGGUGCAGAGAGAACGCGCAGCUCCUACACCGGAGUCCACCGAAAUGGAUGUGGAUGACUGGAUCAGGCCUCUGAGUUCGCCGCAGCGACUCGAUCUCACGAAGAGCAAAACCAAAGACGCGAUGGAGAAGCUCUUUGAUAUCGAUCAAUCACCAGGGAAAGCGAAUGGAAUGAAUGCCUCGGGGCAGCAGUCUACUGAACCAGAACGUCCCAAAUCAGCAUAUUCCAUCUUCUCCUCGCCCCGCCCACAUGGUCAUCAAAAAACUGCUUCGGUGUCAAAUAUUGCAUCAGAAGCCUCAACCACUCCUACCGGAUCCCCUCGGCGCUUUGAUGGACCUCUCAGUGCGUCAAAAAUGAGGUUACAAUCCAUUAUGAAGUCCGCCAAGGGCUUAUUCACAAGCACUGGUAGCUCUUCGAGACUGGAGAAUUCCUCUCCCGAGCAGCCACGCCUCCGGCCUCAAGAACAAGCUAGUGUUAUUGCAGAGAACAAGGAUGAUCAGCGCGAGUCACAGCCUUGUCAGAUCUCCAGCCCCCCACGACAAGAGGGUCGUCGAACACGAAGCUCUACGGAGAGGGAGGAGAAGCGCCGACAGAAGGAGCGAGAGGAUCGCCAGCGGGAAGAAGAAGAAAUCCGACAGGAGAAAGUACGUGAAAAGGAGAAGCAGCGGGCUAUGCAACUCAAGGUAAUGCAAAACAAGUCAUCUGUAGAGCCUGAAGAGAGGCCAGGCAGCGCCGCCCAACGGUCAAUGCAGGGAUCUCGACAGCAAUCGCGUGAGCCAGACUCUGUUCACGAUGGGUCGAGGUUUGGCCUUUCCCAGCCGAAGCAGAAUGAUCGGCGCAUCAAGCCACCCACUCGUGAACCGGCCCAAAAGCCCAACCCGCGGCCGGUUUCGAUUCGUGUCGGUAGCACACUCUCACGGCCGAUGCCUAUCGCUUCCUCUAUGACUUCGAAUAGCCAGGAGUCCGUUGCACCCCCUGCCGCCCCCGGUCCUGCUCCAAAAGCAGCGACAUUGAAGAAGAAAGGUAGCAAUCAAUCUCUGCACACGACUUCUUCGGCGAGCAGCUUCAAGAGUUCCGUCUCGAGUCAAACACAAACCCAGCGAAAAAAGAGAGAGCAGGAGGAUCGUGAGGCUCGCCGAAAGGAGGAGCAAAGGAAGGAGGAGCAGAAACGUGAGGCAGAGCGGAAACGAGCUCUCCAACAACAGCAGGAUGAGGAGGCUCGGCGGCAAGCUGAGGCUGAGCGGGAACGCUCUGCUCACGAGGAUCCCAAGAAGAGUGCUCAUAUGCGGGCAAUUGAGAGGCGACGACAGGAGAACAACGCUCGGAAACACGUGCGCCAAGACAGUCAGCAGGCAAUCAGCGAGGCUCCCAUUCUGCAGCACGAGAAGGCUGCAUCACAACCCUCUCAGCGAAAUGACUUGGGUGCGACAAGGCCAGCAUCUCGCCUUGGAUACGGUCGACCCAUUAAUCCCCCAGCACCAAACCCUGCCAAGCCGCCCAAGAGGAAUAUGGAUGAUGAAGCUGGUUACCGCGCUGCAGUUGCCAAUCCCAGCAAUGUUCAACCUUUGGGCGAGGCCAAGCGACGCAAGACUGAGGAUGAGCAAAACCAUAUGCAGCCUGUGCGUCCUACGAUGGCCCCUCCGAUCCGCCAGUCAAAUAUUCGCAAGCAGCCAUCUAUGUUUGGACAGCCCGGCUCUUCGAUUUUCAAAACCGGCCAGCCUCAACGACCUGCCCACCCAUCGGAGUUGGCAAAGUAUACAAACAACAAAAUUCCUUUCGCGGAACCUAACCACGCGCCACCUUCGGCUGUACAAAAGCCAAUUGCACCUGGUUCUGCCCAGCGACCUCCACCUCCCGCUAAGCCGUCACCAAAGUACCCGAGUGGAGAAAGCAUCCAUCUCCCCGAAAUUGCCACGGAUAGCGAAGAUGAGGAUGAUUCAGAUUCCGAGAUGUUCCCCGUUCCCAAAUGGGCUCAAUCCAAGGAACUGGAUGAUCUAUUGCGGCAGCAAGACGGAAUGGAAGUUGACUCCAUUUUUGGUCCAAUUGCACCGUUCUCCCUAGAGGAAACCUUCAAGGCCGACAAGAAGAUCAAGAAAUACCGUGACCGCACCAGCAGCGCCAACUGGAACGGCCCCGACGGUCUCACUCAGGAGGAGAUCCGCAAAGACCGUAUCGAGCGGCAAAAGCUGCGGCUCAACGGUGGAUGGUCUUUCCAGCAAUAG